GAAGCAACUCUGAAAAGGCUUUGCUCUGCUCAGCAGACUGUGGAGUUUGCUGCAGAUGCAAAACUGAAAUCCAUCUUUGUACUGCCUACUUAACUAUCCAGGUGGCUUGUAUGUCUUCUUGUCUUCUGUUUCUUUCCCCAAACCUUGCUUCUCAGAAGGAAGCUCUAUUCUGCUGCUAGCAAUGCAUCCUGAGAGGUGGCUAUGUUGGUGUUACCCUGCUUUCUGUCUGUGGGCAUUCGUGUUCACAUCCUUGGUUAAAGAUACCACAGCCUGCGAAUCAGAGGAACGAUUAUUUCACAAACUCUUCUCUCAGUACAACCAGUUCAUCAGGCCAGUGGAAAAUGUGUCUGAUCCCGUCACAGUGUAUUUUGAAGUGGCCAUUACCCAGCUUACAAAUGUGGAUGAAGUCAAUCAGAUUAUGGAAACAAAUCUGUGGCUAAGACACAUUUGGAAUGACUACAAAUUGCGGUGGAAUCCCAGAGAAUACGAUGGCAUUGAAUUUGUUCGGGUACCAGCAGAUAAAAUUUGGAAACCAGAUAUUGUCUUAUAUAAUAAUGCUGUGGGAGAUUUUCAAGUUGAAGGCAAGACCAAAGCCCUCCUCCGCUAUGAUGGAAUGAUCACCUGGACCCCACCAGCUAUUUUUAAAAGUUCCUGUCCUAUGGAUAUUACCUUCUUCCCAUUUGAUCAUCAGAACUGCUCCCUGAAGUUUGGCUCAUGGACUUAUGACAAAGCCAAAAUUGAUCUUCUGAUUAUUGGAUCCAAAGUAGAUAUGAAUGACUUUUGGGAAAACAGUGAGUGGGAAAUAGUUGAUGCUUCUGGCUACAAACAUGACAUCAAAUAUAACUGCUGUGAAGAGAUCUACACAGACAUAACCUAUUCCUUUUAUAUCCGAAGGUUACCAAUGUUUUACACCAUAAAUCUGAUCAUUCCCUGUCUCUUCAUCUCAUUCCUGACUGUGUUAGUUUUUUACCUGCCAUCUGACUGUGGUGAGAAAGUCACACUUUGUAUCUCUGUGCUCCUUUCUUUGACUGUAUUUUUACUGGUGAUCACAGAAACAAUCCCAUCCACCUCUUUAGUAAUUCCACUCGUAGGUGAAUAUUUACUCUUCACAAUGAUAUUUGUGACUCUGUCAAUUGUCAUCACAGUGUUUGUCCUGAACAUACAUUACAGGACUCCAACCACACACACAAUGCCCAAAUGGGUAAAAACCGUCUUUCUUUGCCUGCUCCCCAAAAUCCUGUUGAUGCAGAGGCCACUGGAACAGCAGAAGAAAAACAUCUCCAGAAAAAGCAAGAAAGGAUCAGCCAAUACAUCAGCCAAUAUAUCAGGCAAGCCAAAGCACAGCAAACACAAAAAUACCAAAUUACACAAGGAGCAGCGAUGCAAUCACUGUGAUAAGGCAACUGAACUCGCUGCCACCAAAAAAAAAUGGCUGAGCCAUCAGUCAGUGAAAUGGAUGGCAGAGCACAUGGAAUACUCCUCAGAAGUGAAGGAUGUCAUUAGCAGCAUUCAGUUCAUCGCAGAGAACAUGAGGUCUCAAAAUGAAACCAAAGAGGUGGAAGACGAUUGGAAAUACGUAGCUAUGGUGAUAGACAGAGUAUUUCUCUGGGUAUUUAUAAUCCUUUGUGUGUUUGGGACUGCAGGGCUCUUUAUUCAGCCAUUAAUAGCAGAUACAUAACUUGACCCACUACUUUUU